UAAAAAAACAAACCACUAACAUGCUGGUGAUUUAUGAUAAAGUGUAACAUAAAAGUAUACAUUUCAAUUUGGAGAACUUGAUAUUUACGCAAGAAUAGUGAAUGGUGUAAAUUAAAAAGGGUGUAAUCUCCCACUCAGGCACAAAAAUUGAUCUUUCAUAAAUGAUAAUAGGAGGAUAUUCGUUUGACAGCGAUAAAAGUUCUGUCCCAAAGAAUGUGUUUAUGACACAACAAACUCGGAAAUCGCGAGGACAAUAUAUUCAGUAAAUAUUUGUCUAGUCCUUGCUAUUUGAGAAAAUGAGUAAAAUCAGUGCCUGAAUAAAAGAUGCUCACCAUGAUUUCAGAAAUACUCUCCUUGCUCUAAAUUAAGGCUGUACACACCGAAACAGGUCUUAUUCUACAUUAGUUCAAUCGACGUCGUCGAGAAAUACAGCCUUUUGAGAGGCUUCUGUGAUUUGAAUCGUCUGAUACCUGGUAUUAUGGAGAAGUUGAACCGAUUUUAACGGAUUAUAGUGGCAGUGAACUAAUUUGAGAGGAAUACGGAAAAUGAAAGGUCGAAGAUUUCGGCAAACCAGCUAGCUUUGAAAAUGAUAGAAACCAUUUUCAAGAUAUUGAUUACUACAGCAGUUGUUACCACCACUAGCAUUGCGGCUGUCAACCAAGUGAAAGGGAAAAAUGAGUCCAUCGCAGCCACCGAUAGUCGUUCUAACUCGUGAGUUCAAUUUCUUGCGCAGUUUUCAGAACGAGCGUUAGAGCAUUCGCGUGUUGGUUCCUGAGCAACAGCUCACUCUUUCGUGCGCAGAGAAACUGUCGCUGAAGCACAGCAGAACACAAGUCAAAAUGGGUUCCGUGGAGUGUCCCGUUUGCACGCUUUAUCUCCGGGCUGACAUGAGCCUGGAGGAACAUCUGGAGACGCAUCCAACGGAUAAAGUCAUCAAAGCUUUGGUUGCGAUGGCUACGAAGAAUACAGCGGCACCAUAUGCAGCACAACCGGCUCCGGUAGUUUCGGUAGUUUCAGCGGCCAACACUCAGACUGCGUUGGAAUUGACUCCGAUGCCAGCGUGUAGUUCACGCUCUCACACACCACCGAAUGCACUUAUGUACCAUUCCAGUGGAUAUGAAUCCAUGCAACAGCCGGUUCCUGCACCACCGCCUCCACCACCACCUGCGCCGAUCGUUACGAAUGCCGUUCCCACUGCGAUAACUGUUGUGAAGACCUCGGAUGUCGGUUAUCCGCUGAACAAUGUUAUGAUCGUCAAAAGUUGUAGCACCAAAUUUCUUCAGCAAAUGGCCUCCGGUAGUGGUAAUCCUGGCGGGGGAAGUAACAAUAUAUCAACAGCUACAUACACUGCAGGGCCAGUUAGUGGCAAAGGAAUGUACAUUGAAUCUGACCGAGGAGUUUCCAACGAAAGCAAAACAGCAUCCAUCACAGUUCGCCGUCAGCUUGCCCCUUCUCUUUAUCCACGGUACACAAACGAACGUUAUUCGGGGCCACCCCCACCUUACAGUACAGCCAUAUCCUCUACAAUAUCUACCGGAACGCAACUGCAACAAUCAUCAAUAACGGAGUAUGGCUCCAAGUAUGAACAGAAACAAAUCCAUCAUCUACCGCCAUCAUUCUAUGUUAGCACUCCGCCAGCAAAGCAGCAUACGAUACCGACAGCGCCGACCAUUACAAUAUCCCAACAACAUCAAUUCUAUCAAGCGCAGCCACCUCCGCCACCGCCUUCGAUGCUGAGUCAAUCUUCGAUUGGGAUUCACCAGCAGCAUCAACAAUUUCAAGCAUCAACAUCUAGCUUCAGGGCUCAUAAUUUUCUUCAGGCUCAGUACACAGAAAAAGAUGAUGGAAAUUUCCUAGUUACCGAGAAUCCCAAGAAAAUCGUUGAAUAUACCGAAAACGACGAAGGAGACUUUAUGGUGAUUGAGAAAAUCAUCAAAUCACCACCGACGGUUGUGCAAAUUGAUGAUUCCACAGCAAAAAAAGAAUCGCAAUCGGUGGACGAUGAUGAUAUUGAUCAAAGUCAACCUAAAAAUGACGAACAGGAAGAAGAAACCGAAGAAUAUGAGAUGGAAAUCGAUGAAGAAGAGCCAUAUACAAAUGAAUACGAGAACAAAGUGCAGUCACAACAACCGAACACGAUAGAAAUAGUUGAGGAUGAUGAUGGUUCUUUCAAUGAUAACAGGAAUCGGCUCAACUUUAAAGAUAUGCCAAAGCCGAUGCUGAUCGGUAGUAUCGGAAAUGGUAGAAACUGCAACAAGUUCAAUUUCAUCGUCGAAGCUUCUGCCUCGGGUUCGGGCCAUUCAUCAAACAGCUCUAACGCAGCCAAACGGAAACCAGCCAGUGGUUUGAAAGUACUGAGUAACGUUAAAGUUACCACUGAUUUAUCUCAAGGCAUUAAAGAUAUCAUCCUCAACUUGAACUGUAAAAGCAAAGCCGCAAAUGUUGUUGGGAGUGGUGGAAACUCCGUCAGUGUUGACGGUCUGAACACAAACUGCAUUGCAGGGGUGAAACCAACGGCUGUAGUCAACAACAAUUGUCAAAAUGAGCUUAUCAUAAAUUCCGGAAGUAAUAUGCCACCGAUUGAUCUCACUAAUGUAAAUGACAUUGAAAUUAUCAACGAAGACGAGGAAGACAUUCACCCUGAUGAAGACGAAGAAUGUUAUAUCGGUUCAAUGGAAGUGAAAGCAUCCAAUGCGGAGAAUGAUACAGUGAAUCAAGAAACGAUAGAGUCGUGCGCUUCUCCCACAGAUUCGGCUCUACGUACGACACCUACUCCUUCCGUUAUUACCAGUGUCAUCCGUAUGACACCCCACACAUCACCGGUAGUAGCUUCUUCGGCACCAUCUCCACUGAUGCAAGCUACUCUCGAAUCUUCGCCAGCGCAAACUAUUGCGUCAGCAAACACGGAGACAUCGUUUGAGAGCACAUCCGAAGAUACUAAUAGUAAACCAAGUGUUUUGUCGACACCGCCUAAAAAGGUACCAGCGCAACAGGCGCAUGCCUAUUCAACAGGGCCACUCUUUAACAAGCAACCGAAAAAACUUACCGUGAAACUGAAAACACCACUUCCUCCAGUACCUCCGGAAACACCGCCUCUUAUUCCAUCUCUUCAAACGGACGAAAUCCCUGUUCCGAUGAUUACACCGAAGGUUGAACGUAGCGAAUACGAUGCUGAGCCAUUCCAUCAGCCAAUGCAACCUGAGGCUGCAUCUUCAAAACUCGCUAUCAAACCCAGAGAUGGUGACAUUUCGUCAUUAUCUUCAUCGCCAAGACACCCGACCGAAGAGGAUGAGAAUAAAUUUUCCAGCAAGUUUGUGCAAUCUCAGUUCUCACUUAGUUCGUCAUUCAUUGGUGAAUCAGCAACAGAUAUAGCUACAGAGACUAUAACAACAACGACGUUGAUAACCACCAAGGUCGAGAAGGAUACUCCGCUUUCCGAGACGAUCAUUUUCACCAAAUCUAGCAGCAGUGGACCACCAUCGAACUUGACCAACUACGAUGACUGUGAUAGUAAACAAAAGGGAAUGUCGUCGUCGUCGUCGUCCCAUGAAACAGCACAACUAGGUCCGAGUACUACCAGUGAGGAGAUUGAGUGCUAUAAAAUCACUUUCAUCGACGACGAAGUGGCUGCGACCUCGGACAGUCAACCGAAAUCCGAAACGAGUGAUGCAGUCGCUGCCCAUGAGGUGGUAGCUCAGAGUUCAGACUGUAGCAACGAUGGUAGCGAAACUAAACCGAAACUAGAAAAUGACGAGAGAGUGUGUGUCACGAACGAAAUCGACGGUUAUUCUCUGUCGAAUUAUAGCAGCUCACAUCAGCCCGACCAGCCCGGAAUUUCCGCUUUACCAUCCUCUCAAGAUUCUAAACAGUCGGAUUCUAUACUGAAAAGUUGUAUUAAAAUUGAAAAAGUGGAAAAAAUUGAUAAAAGAGCUAUUGAUGAGCUUGUAGCUAGCGCUACUGUCAGUGGAAGAAAGGUAGAUUAUAAGGUUGCCAAAAUCGAACCGUCUGCAACUGUCACUUCGUCUACUGCGUGUGAAUAUCAGAAAGAUCAAAAGGAUCUUCUCGAGGCUGGACCAUCGAGCGCACUGAAUAAUGCUCACAGUCGCAGUGGCAGUGGUAAUGGUAAUGCUCGUUCCGAGAUCGCAGGCCCCACUUUCUUAGAAUAUAGUGUUGAAUACGAUGACUACGUUCCGGUUUCGAGCUAUGGUUUGCCACAGGAACAAAUACCACUGUCGUGGGUGCAGAAAUUCAGCCCCCAGUACACACCGUUCGAUGAUCAAAACUCCUAUAUGGAUCUUGAUAUGUGCAGCAAUAAAACCAACUCUAACAGUGCUGCUGGUAGUAGUGCAACGUGUGCUAGCGCUAGCCUAGCAAGUCGCAUCGAUACUAGCCUAGACCGCGCCCCGUCGGCGGAGAGUUUGAACAUUAGAACUGACGAAAAAAUGCCCGCCAAGGGUGAAAUAUCCGAGCAGGAGAGUAACGGCGACAUGGAGCUUUCAUGGAACAGAUUGUAUCCGGUUCAUGAGAAUAUCCCUAUCUAUCCAAGUUCGUACGAUCUUUCAACGGCACAGGAGUGCUGGAAUCUGAGCAAUCGCAACAACUGCAAUAGUCAUAACAACAGCAGUAACAGUAGCAAUAACAACAGUACAGGAGGGCUGCCCGGUACCAGUACUGCCUCCGGAGUACACCAGGACCGAGGUAUAUCACAUCACCCAUAUCAUCAGAUCUACCAUCCGUCUCAUGGAGGAAUUAAUUUUCAAUUCCCACCGCACGAGUCACAACGACAUGGCGGUGACAAUGGCGAUGAUCAAGUGGAUGACAAAUCGAAGAUUCUCCUGGAUUACGGUGCUGGUAACAGUGGAACGAGCUAUCAUGGUUUGGGAACUGGUUCCUCCGGUGUGUUACACGAUGAAUGCAAUCGGAAGCUAGCAAAAAAUCGUACUUAUCGGUGUACCGAAUGUCCAAAAUCAUUCGCAUCACUGAAGCAACGACGCACUCAUAUGCUGUCAGAGCAUAACAUAGAUGGCAAGGGUGAUGCACUGGGUCAUAUCGCUGUGUCUGGCGUAUCUGGUGUAUCGUCAACAGUCACAUCUGGGUCGGCAUUAGGUUUCUUCUCCGGUCCGGGAGAAGGAUCGAGCACAGCAGUAUUGAAUAAGAAGAUCAAGUUAGAACCCCAACCAAUGCUAAUGAGCUAUAGUUCACUGAAGCAGGAACUGGAACAGAAGCAAGAGGAAGGAAUAGCAGGGAGUGAAAUGCCAGGACCAAGUGGAAUGCUUACCAAUAGUAGCAACGUUCCUGUUAGCGGAGAAGUUCGCCGGAAACGAACGUACGUUUGUGGUACGUGCAAGCAAGAGUUUGAUAGAUUCAAAUUAUUUAAUGCUCAUUUGAUGACUCACCCUGCCGAAUGCUAUACAUGUGGUAGAAGUUUCCGGCAUUGGCCAAAUUUUGCCCUUCACAUAAAGCGACAUUUGGGAAUAAAAGACCAUCAGUGCCGGUUGUGUGGAAAGAAAUUCGUGAUUAAGCAAAAGUUGAUUGAGCAUAUGCGAGUGCACACCGGAAAGGCUCCUAUCAAAUGUCCCGACUGCGAUCAGCAUUUCCGGCGGUUCUCGAACUUAGCUCAACAUCGUAAUCGACAUCACCUGAACAAGAUACCUUCGAAGAAAGAUUUUGUGUGUCACUGCGGUGAGGUCUUCCAAUCUAAGGCUAAAAUGGAAUGGCAUAAAGAAAUUCAUGAAAACAGGCCUAAAAGUUGCCCCUUCUGCCGGGAGAAGUUCAUUCACAAAAAUAGUCUGACCAGACACAUUCGAUUAUCCCACACUGAGAAAUAUGUGAAACUAGAAAUAGAAACUGAAACGUGCACGAUCUGUAAUCAGCCGUACAUCAAGACGAGCAUGAAGCGUCACAUGGAAACGCAUACCGAAGAGCGGAUGGCAUAUUCGUGUACCAUUUGUAACAAACUCUUCAGUACCAAUUGGAAUUUGAAGCAGCACAAAUGGACACACGCAAAUCCGACUCUCAAACCCUUUCAGUGUAAUAUGUGUUCAAGCGGGUUCGUUCGGGAGGCGGACUACAUCACUCACAUGAAUGCCCACAAAUCCAUUCGACCGUACACAUGCAACCACUGCGGGUGUCAGUUUAUCCGGAAAUACAACUGGAUUCGACACACGCGAGAGCAUGAAACGGAUAAAAACUACACGUGCGAGAUUUGUGGGCGUAAAUUCCACCGCAAGUACUAUCUUACAGAGCACAAGCGGAUUCACACCGGUGAGCGACCGUUUUCCUGCAACAUUUGUGGCAAAACUUCGUCGACCAAAACGAAUCACAACAAACACAUCAAGAUCCACCAUGCACGAGAUCCACUGACUGCAGAGGGUUAAGAGAAAGACGGACGACGAAGGAGUUGUUUCAUCAAGGCUAAAGAAAUUUUUGACUUUGUUUAAUUUUCAGUGAUCAGGUAUCAGUUCCUGGCAUAGAGUAAACUGUCACAAAACCGUACUACGAAGGCAAACCCGGAAAUUUUGACUGUCUGUUGUGCUCAAUAAUGUUAUUUUCAGAAUGUAUUAUGUUAUAUGAAUGCUUUAUAGUUUGUUUAACAAAUUCUCAUUGCAUUAAAUAAUUCUCACGUUUCGAUCGUUUUUGAAACCAUACAAUUUGCGACCAAUAUACAGUUUCAGAUGAUGUUCACCAUUGUGUCAUUGCCGGUUCAAGAAAGAUUCAUAAGAAUUGUGAUUCCAAUUGUGAAACAAACCGACACUUCAGUUAAUUCACCAAAAGUGAAAGAAAAUUUUCAUAAUUGGGUAGACUUUGAUAUCAAUGCACUUGUUUCGAGAAAUAUGUGGUCUUCGAAAAAAAAACAUAAACAUUCAGUUUUGCUUUGAGUCACGAUCGGGUCAGUUAAUUCCACUACUCCGUGACAGCUUGAUUAUUAUGAACAUCAAUAUCUAAACAUUGAGGCGACUUUUCUUUAGGUAUGGCAGUAAGUCAAAAUUUGUGGUAGCUUUCUAUAAUGUCAAGAAUCAAAACAAAAACUAUGAAACUGAAAUAUAGUAGACAAAAACUAGCUCUUAAUUUUAUUUAUUUUUUAGAUAUUCGAUUAUUUUAUCGUACUUCAAAUAGCCCCAGAAUUAGGCUUGCGUGUCAAGCCCCCAAACAUUACAAAGAACUGAAUCAUUAACCGAAAACCAUGAGAGAAUAGUCCAAUUAUUUGUAAAACUACUGGGACUGAUUUGAGCUUCGCCAAACUCACAGUGGUUAGUAUGCCAAUCACUGUCUAACUCCGUAAAUGGACGCAUGAAAUCGUCCCAUAGAAAUGCUCUGGUUAAAACAUUUUAACUAACAACCUACAAUCUAACAUGAAAAGCAUACAUGAAUUAUUAGUAUAAAGAUAAGUUAGGAUAAGUGAAGUUAGACGAAGGAUAACAAAAGUAAUAAUGUAAUAAUUUUAAGUGCAAUAGUUAGGGAACUGUUUUAAAAUUUUCUUUCCUAGGUACACUAUUUAAACUAAUUGCCAAUUCGAAGACAGUCGUUCCUCGUGAUUAUUUUCUUUUCAUCCUACUCCCGACAAAAUGUCUGCGGCAAACUGUAAAUACAUGCAUAUAUUGUUUUGAGAUGAUAUUUUCUCCUUAUUUUUUAGUUUGUUAAGAGCGUCCUUAGUUCAAUUGUACUCUGCUGAAAUUGCUCACCUAUUUGCACAUAACCUUCAUACAUCCACAUAAAAAAUCCGCAGCAUUCUUCGGGAUGUAAGCAAAUUUAAGAAGAAAUGGGAUAGCGGGUUCAUUUGCGGAUUCCCACCCAACGAGCGUUGACUGAUCGUCUCAUAAGAAUCACUUUUCUCACCAAUUUGCCUCAUUCAUUGAAGUUCAUAUUUUUCGUCGUAAUUAUAGUAUCGAAUGUAAUAAAAUAGCAACACCUACAUCAAUAAAAACCAUUUGAAACACACAAACUGAAAUAAUGCGUAAUUACUGAGUGUAAGUAAACCGCAGAAUAAACAAAAUAAACAUUACUUUGCAGUAACACUAUAAACUAUGGUAGCGUUUAAUAAUUAUGCUUUACUCAAAACUCGGAGUACGAAGUAUUGAAAACAAAACAAAGCGAAGCCGUAGGACGUGAACACCAUUACUUUUCGGCAAUGGAAAUAACCGAUUAUGACGUGAUAUCCACGGUAAGCAGAAAAACAACUUAAAUUUUGAGCUUCGAAAUGAAAUGAUGGAUAAAAAAUUCCAAAACCCAAUCGACGCUUCUUAAGAAAAAAUUGAGCAACCACAAAAUAUUCAGAUAGUACUGGACGACAAAUUUUAGAAGAAAAAUAAAAUGAUUUGGCGGUAAUACAAUUACUAAACAACAAGAAAGAGAAGUACGUUUUAGUAAAGAAAAAUAACAAAAGUGCAUAUUAAAAAGAAAGUUUGGAGUCAACAUUUUCUGUUCAUUUUGGAGAGAAAUAAAAAAUCAUAAUUAGAGCAUGAUGAAUACAUUCAAAAUAAAUCACGGUGAUUAUCGAAUUAAAGGUAAUAAACAGAGGAAA